GCAGAAGGGUUUAGCCCAGCAUGUGUAAGGAACUGGAUCCUGCUGUGAUUUCACCGUACUUGGUUUUUCUACUGAACUGGCUAGCCUUGAAUUCACACCAUCGUCUCUGCCUUAGACAUGCAGUGUUUCUAAAUCAGCAGUGCGGUCUUUCUGCAGCUUUUGCCCAGUGACUUCUAUGGCAACAAAAAGAUUUGCUCCUGCACCAGUGCAGGAAAGACUCAGCUGCAUGGCAAGGAGCAAUGCUAUCUAUGUGAUUGCCAAUACUGGGGACAAGAAGCCAUGUAACUCCAGUGAUCCCAAGUGCCCCAGCGAUGGUCACUAUCAGUACAAUAACGUUGUCUUUGAUUCAGAAGGGAAAUUGGUGGCACGCUACCAUAAGUACAACCUCUUUGUGACAGAAACUCAGUUCGAUUACCCUAAGGAGCCAGAGUUUGUCACCUUCAAUACAUCCUUUGGAAAGUUUGGCAUUUUCACUUGUGCGGACAUACUUUUCCAUGAUCCCGCUGUGGUCCUGAUGAGCAAGUUACAAGUGGAUACUGUGCUGUUCCCAACAGCGUGGAUGAAUACUCUACCACUUUUGUCUGCUUGUCAGUUCCACUCUGCAUGGGCUAUGGGAAUGGGCGUCAAUUUUCUUUCAGCGAAUACACACAACUCCAGUUUAGAUAUGACAGGCAGUGGCAUCUAUGCACCAAAUGGACCCAGGGCAUUUCAUUACAAUACAGAAACAGAGAACGGUCACCUCCUGGCUGCAGAGCUGAGUUCACACCCUCGUCUUUCUCCCACUUACCCUAUUGUUGUCAACGGGAGCUCAUAUGCCACAAGCAUCAAACGAUUCUCACCAAAUGACCAUGAUUUCAGCGGAGUCAUUUACUUUGAUCAGUUCACCUUCACCGAACUCACUAAGCCUGAAGGAAAUCGUACAGUUUGCCAGAAGGACCUUUGCUGUCAUUUGAGCUACAGGAUGGCGGAGAAGCAAGAAGAUGAAGUAUAUGUGCUAGGUGCUUUUGAUGGCCUUCAUGUUGUUGAAGGAGAAUACUAUCUGCAGAUAUGCACACUACUGAAGUGUAAAAGCACAGACUUGAAAACUUGUGGGCACCCAGUGGCUACUGCUCACACCAGCUCUGACACAUUCUCUCUCAGCGGCACGUUUGCCACUAGCUACGUCUUUCCAGAAGUCUUGCUCACUGGGGUUCAGCUGGCGCCUGGAGAAUUUCAGGUAUUAAGUGAUGGACGUCUGAUAAACCAGAAUGGCACUUCUAAACCAGUCCUGUCAGUGACACUCUUUGGGAGGUGGUAUGAAAAGGACCCUCCACACUCACAACAGGCUUUCCCAUGGUGUGGCUAUUGAUGCUUUUUAGCCUUCUCAGAAUACGAACAUCCUGAAAUGUUAAUCUGUGUUAACUACAGUCAUUAUCUAGUAUCUUUUAUUUUUCAUAUUCUGCAAUGUGAAUAUAUUCUGUCUAGUCAGUGUACGUUACUUUAUUGCCUCGAUUCCAUUAAAAAACCAAUUAAUUGGACAGCAGCUCUGCAUCUUUAUUAACUGUUAGCCUCUACUUGCUACUGGCUUGAUCUUGCUGCCAUUCAAAUUGAUAGAAAAACUUCCACUAACUUUAAUAUGGCGGGAUCAAGCCCUUUAUCAGCAGAUAUUGGCCUGAGCAACAAAACUCACUUUAGAACCUGGAUUUUUAAUCCCCUUAAAACUUUUACUUUGCGAGUUGGGGUAGAGGUCAAUUCUGGGAUUUUGUUCAGGCCCACAUCUAAACAAAACUGCUGAUAAAUCAGAGAUUCAUAUAAACUAUUAAUUAGAUCCAUUCUUCUGAGUUGUCAAUCCAGUACCUUCCACGGGUACUGUAAUUACUUUGAAAAAGAGAAAAAAUUGAAAACCUUCAAUUAGACAAUGUAGUUACAUUUUCAAAAAACAUAGUCUUCAAACAGUGAUCUGUACCCAUGCAAUAAGUCCUGAAAAAGCCAGGAAAUGUCCAAUAGCGUACAUGCAGGUCUUUGUACCCUCACUAUUUCUAAUGCACCCAUCACAAUCAAAAUAGCAAGAUAAAAAAAAAAAGGAUUUGGGUGUGUUCUGUUGAAUGAUCUGUGUUUUUUAGGGUCCUACAUAUACUUAACCAUAUGGUUAACUUGACUUGUAUUAGUUGUUCUGUUGUAGUCAGUGUACUCACGUGUGUAACUUCAUAUGUCUGAGUGUUCACAUGAGUGAGGCCUAUACUUUACUGGAAGUAGAACAUAUGAACUUCUUCUUUCUGGAGUGGUUUAAAUGGGGUGUUUGUUUUUUGACUCAGUUACUUUUCAAAUUAAGAUAUGAGUAUCCAUUUUCUAAUUAUAAUUAAAUGCAAUUGUUUAAGAUGAAAAAAACCCUGCAUUCAGAUUGUAGUCUUCAGCAAUUUUUAUUUCUGCUUUUAUUUUGUAGACGUACUUAAUCAGGUAUUCAACUAUUGCACAUGUGACCAAGGUUAAACAUCAUAAGAUAGACUCACAUUUUAGUCUGUAUGCUGUCACUAAAAUACAACCACCCUACAUAACCCCAAAGGCAGCCAGAAUAAAGAGAAUGGGAAAAACUCUUUUUAACUCAGGUUUCAGAGUAGCAGCUGUGUUAGUCUGUAUCCGCAAAAACAAGAGGAGUACUUGUGGCACCUUAGAGACUAACCAAUUUAUUUGAGUAUAAGCUUUCAUGAGCUACAGCUCAUCGGAUGCAUUCAGUGGAAAAUACAGUUACUGCAUACUAUGGGAGAAGAAGUGAUUUAAAAAAUCCCAGGAAGAAAGGGAGAAUGGAGGAUAUAUGGAUCAGUUGGAGGGGGAAAACAUCAAGUUUAAGAUAGGGUGAGAUUCCCCAUACCAAGACAAAGAAACCUCUGUAAGGAAAGGCUAGAAUAAGACUUGUGAUUCCAGAUUCCAAGAUUCAUUCUGCCUCUGAGAAAUUGCCUUGUUGAACCCAGUUUCUUUCUGUGACACCACACUAUCAACAGCCUCUGUUUCCCCAGGACAAGUCAGGUCUUAGCAUGCCACACUAAUCAGGUUUUCCUGCUUCACUUUAAAUCAAACUAAAUAGUGUCAAGCUCUUAGGCCAAUGCUGAUGCAUCCGAUGAAGAGAGCUGUAGCUCACAAAAGCUUAUGCUCAAAUAAAUUUGUUAGUCUCUAAGGUGCCACAAGUACUCCUUUUCUUCAGACAUAUCACUUCAUAGGCCCAGUUUAUGCAAGAUGCUGAGCCCCUUUUGUCUUACGAGGAGUUGAAGGGACUCAACUCAUCACUGUAUGUGCUCCUCAACCUUUUAAGCCACCAUUCUUAAUUGGGAAAAGCACUGUCUGUCUGAUACCUGUCAUAAUCUCCACAUCAGAGGGAAGAGAUAUUACCCUGC